GUCCUUCUCUGGAGUGUUUUCAUUUUCCGAGGUGGUAACGCUGGUGUGGAUGUAAACAUAUGUGUCUCGUUCUCAUAUUAUGAGGGGAUGUAAGGUGUUGUAUUGAAGUGGAAGUGGUGUUUAUGUCUCUGUCCCGUACAAGAAAUGGUGCGAAAAUUAACUAGCUUUUUCCCGACAUCACCGAUACGAUGUUCGUUUUCUACAGUAAAUGAAACUAAACCACUCUCAAACAUCGAAAUAAAGGGAAAAUCAUAUAGUCGAGAUGAGUGGACAAAUGUAACGCCCAAAGUUCUAUCUUAUAUAGGAAAAAACUUACAUUCUCAACCAGGUCAUCCUUUGCAUUUAGUCAAGAAGCGCAUUGUGAACUAUAUGUAUAAGACAUUCGUGGGACGGAGGGGAAAUCCUUUGUUCGCCGUAUUCGAUGAUUUAAGCCCUGUGGUUACCGUCGAACAGAAUUUUGACAGCCUUCUUGUCCCACAUGACCACCCCAGCCGGCAAAAAAGUGAUUGUUACUAUAUAAACAGAAGCAAUUUAUUGCGAGCACACACUACAGCCCACCAAUCUGAACUUAUUGGCAGUGGUCUAAACAAUUUCCUAAUUAUAGGUGAUGUAUAUCGUAGAGAUGAAAUAGAUUCAAAACAUUAUCCGGCGUUUCACCAAGUCGAUGCUGUCAGGAUAUGCACUCCUGAAGAAGUUUUCAGACACGAGGGAAGUAUGCAGGCAGUAUUUGAAAAGAAAAGUCAGAGAACUGCAGCCAAGCAAGCGUGCCAUACCUUGGCAGCUACAAAACACAUGGAACAUGAAUUGAAACAGACACUUGAAGGAUUAGCAGAAACUCUGUUUGGAUCAGGCUUUCAGUAUAGAUGGGUAGAUACAACAUUUCCUUUUACACACCCAUCUUGGGAGUUAGAGGUAUUACGUGAUGACAACUGGAUGGAAGUUUUGGGCUGUGGAAUUAUGGAGAACGAAAUUAUAGAGAGUGCAGGAGUAAAGGGCCGAAUUGGCUGGGCAUUUGGAUUAGGUCUGGAAAGACUAGCAAUGUGUCUAUAUUCCAUUCCCGACAUUCGUCUCUUCUGGAGCUCCGAUUCUGGCUUCUUGUCACAGUUCAAUGUGAAAGAUCCUGAUACUCAAAUAAAAUAUAAGCCAAUAAGUAUAUACCCUCAGUGCACAAAUGAUAUAAGUUUCUGGUUACCUUCAGAUGAUUCAUUCACACCAAAUGAUUUCUAUGAUUUGGUAAGAACUGUUGGAGGUGAUGUCAUAGAGCAGAUUUCCCUGAUCGAUGAAUUCACCCAUAAAAAGAAAGGAUUAAAAAGUCACUGUUAUCGUAUUGUGUACAGGCAUAUGGGCAGGACACUGACACAGAAAGAAGUAAAUGAAAUACAUAACAGUAUUGCAAGAAUGGCAGAAGAAAUACUGGGUGUUACAAUAAGAUAACAGAAAAAGUUUUAAAAUAAAGUUAUUUAUUAUUACAACUUGAUAAAGAUUUUUUUGAUUCUUUCAACAACAGAGUCACAUUACAUUCAAUAUGGCAUCGAAACAAAUGUAGAACCCAGGCUCUAUUUUCACAAAAGUAUCACAUAUAUUAUAAGUAAGUAUAAUAAACCUGCAUUCCACAAAUUAGAUUUUUUUUUAUGUCAACCAAAACAGAAGUCCACUUCCGGCAUGACAAGUAGCAGCAGUUCGGCAGUCCCAAAAGAUACAAACAUAACAGAGUAAUCUCAACAGGUCUUUCUUUGGCAAUGGGGCUAAGUGUUUUUCUCUUACAAAAUGUUCAGUCACCUUUCUCUGGCUUUCAAAGCAAUGAACUUCAGUCAUAUCUGUGCGCUGCAAAAACUGCUACUGCUUUCAAUACCUAAACUUACAGUGUACUUGGACUUCUCAUAAAUUUUUAUUUGACGUGGGUUGCAUUUUAACUGUGUCCUGAAUAAAUGAUUAUAAAAAGUCUGAGAUUUACAAUGUAGAAAAGAAGACAUUUUAUAAACACCUUCAGGCAUUUCCCCACAUUUUCUGUAAGCACAUUUACAAAUGCUUUAUAGUACAUAAAAUGCUCUAGUAAAUCUGCCAUGUGAAUACUAAACUGGCACAAAUCAAACAGUGGAAAAGUAUUGAUAAGAAUAACAGUUAGUAACUCAUAAAACACUAAGCAUUUCCUGUACUAACAACAAUGAUAAUUUCUGUAAACACACAAAUAAGCAGUCUCUUGUUGCUAUGCAACCAAUGGAUUUAUAGAGAUUCAAUAUUUUUCAAUGAAAGUAAAUGCAGAUAUAUUAUUUGUGUACAACAAUACAAAAAAAGAAAAAGAUAUUCUGAAAGUGCUUAAAACAAAGAGUUGCUGCAAUUAUUUUCCAGUCAUGAACAACUUGUAUACAAUAAUAAAUAACAGAAGCUUCUUAAAUACUGGAUAAAACAUCCAGAUAUAAAAUACUGAAAGAUUCCUUACACAGAUAUAGGAACUAUUCACAAAACAACCAAUGACUACAACUGCCAGGUAAUGCUAAUUGAAUAUGUGAUUAUUUCCUGCAUAAAAAGGACUCUCCACAAAACUGCUAAAUUCAUAUGUGGAGAUUACAGUUUCUGUAAAGGACAAACUGCAAAAGUUACUACAGCUUUUCCUCACAUCAUCAGCAUCCAUUUCCUUUACGAAAUGCCGAUUAAUAUGAGAUGACAAUAUCUUUGAUAUUAAUUAUCAAUAUACAGAAGUCAAAUAGUUGUGAAUGUACAUCAUUUCUUGACACUGCUGUAGUGUAACAAAGUUAAAGUGUUGUGGCUUGACCCCCCUUAUAAUGGCUUUCACAUGAAGCCUUGCAUCUUGCAUUUUGUUCACCAUUCCCCAGUAUAGCAACUGACAAGUUUCACCUGUCGGCUUACUGUUUUACAGAAUCUAGCAAUUUGCUUGGGUUUUGACAAUUGGAUAAUAACCACCUUUCAACACUUAAAAGCUCCUAGGAUUGAAUCUGGACAAAUUCUGUGGAUUUUAACUGCAAACAUCAAUGGCAGUUCAAUGAGCAAACAGUUAUAUUUUUGCAGAAUUUAGUUAUUGGCAUAUUCCUGACUUUACUGCUGCCUUGCUAUAGUGAGUGGCUGACCAAUAUGGAGUCCAACAUUAUUUUAUCAAGAAUAGGAUUUGUCAAUUUCAUGGGAACUGUGACAAUGA